AUGCCCACGGAGCGUCGCAAUACAAGAUCAAACAAAUCCAACAGCAAUUCCGCAGACGAUAACUCCAAACCCACGUCAUCUGGCUCCAAGAAAGCACAGUCAACCUCCCGGACUACGAGAUCGAAGGCAAACUCCAAGUCCGAGCCACCCAAAUCAGGCGACAUGAGCGGUGACAAGCAGAUCAAUGGAAAGCCCAACAGCCAGGAGGACGUUGAAAUGAACGACUCGUCAGACGCAAAGAAGCCGACAAAGGGCGGCAAAGAUGGCGAUGACGAGAUGACCGUGGUUGUACCUCCUUCGAAGAAGUCCAAGACUGUGGACGCUAGCAACACUGAGAGUGAUGAGGAGGAACAGAAAGAAAUUCCAAUUGAUCCCAAGGAAAAGGCCAUCAAUGAAAUCAAGGGCAACUUCAGCUUGCUCGAACGAGCCGUCUCUCAGUUCGACCCUCGCUUCAGUCUACGAGUGUUGCGAUCGAUACCAUCUGUCCGUGCUCAAUUAUCCGCAGAUGUCAUCGCCAAAGUGGUCAUGGAAGCGUAUCCGACACCUACUCCAACUUCCUUCUCCUUGCUCAGCGCCGUGAAAGAAGAUCCGUCCUUCCCCAGAGAACAGGCCGACGAGUGGAGCAAGAAGAAGGACGUGCCCCAGUCCCAGAAGACUGCGCCCAAAGAAGUUCUCCCAGAGAUCGAUGUUUAUCUAUCUAUUCUAGUGCAGAUCCAUCUGUACGACCGGAAGGCCAUCAAUGCUGGCGCACAAUUUUCGAGUGCUCUCGUCGAGCACCUGCGGACGCUCAACCGGAGAACUAUCGAUUCCCUCGCCGCACGCGUUUACUUCUAUUAUUCUCUCUUCUUCGAGGAAACCGCGCCACUGCCUCCGUCGCCCGUUGCCGCUGUUGUUUCGAUUAGGAAGAACCUGCUGGAUGCGUUACGGACAGCUACACUGAGGAAGGACCAAGACAUCCAAGCUGCGGUUACGACACUCCUGCUGCGAAACUACCUAUCUACCUCUCAUAUCACCCAGGCCGAUCUCCUUGUUUCCCACACCAAGUUUCCCGCGACUGCUGCCAACAACCAGAUUGCCCGCUAUCUGUACUACCUCGGUCGCAUCAGGGCAAUCCAGCUAUCAUAUACCGAAGCACACGAGCAUCUGGUUGGUGCCACUCGCAAGUCGCCCACCUCCUACAAGGCCAGCGGUUUCUACCAGGUAUCAACGAAGCUACUGAUUGUUGUUGAGCUGCUGAUGGGCGAUAUACCUGAUCGAGCUAUCUUCCGUCAGCCCAGUCUCGAGCAAGCGCUUCAGCCGUAUCUCCAGCUCGUGCAAGCUGUGAGCUCCGGCGAUGUCACAGGCUUCCAGAAUCUGGUUCAGCGCUACAAUUCGGCUUUCAGACAAGACAACACAUACACGCUGAUCUUGCGCUUGCGGCAAAACGUCAUCAAGACUGGCAUUCGUAUGAUGUCUCUUUCCUAUGCGCGUAUCUCACUACGGGAUAUGUGCCUGCGCCUCGGCUUAGACAGCGAGGAAUCAGCUGAGUACAUUGUGGCCAAAGCAAUUCGCGACGGGGUCAUCGAGGCUAGCCUCGACCACGAGAAGGGCUUCAUGAAGAGUAAAGAUGUCGGAGAUGUCUAUGCCACCCGUGAGCCAGGAGAUGCCUUCCAUGAGCGUAUCCAGGCUUGUCUGGCGUUGCACGAUGAGAGCGUCAAGGCUAUGCGCUUUCCCAUGAAUCAGCACAGACUCGAGCUCAAGAAUGCUCAGGAAGCGCGUGAGCGAGAGCGUGAACUCGCGAAAGAGAUCGUAGAUGGCGAAAUGGAUGAUGACGAUGCUCCUGGGGGUGAUUUUGAAGGCCUAUAG